UAUACAUUACAUAGGCCUACAUGAUAUAACAUACAUUAUAAUUAUACAUAACAUGACAACACGAACAGAUCAGAUCAAACUAUAGUGUUGAAUAUUUAGUUGAGCAUCAUUAAAUUAUCUCGUUUUAAAAUAUGUCAUAUGCAUAAGUCAUAUAUUAUUUAUAAGGACGUUGUGCAUGUCUUUAUGCAUAUCAGGGUCCAUGAGAACUUUAUGAAUGAAUAUUUGGCACGGACCACAUUUCGUCCUCACAGGGGUUAUCGCUUCCCUGCUCUGAGCUUUACUACAAUAACCUCUGUUUCAGUCGACUUUUUAGUUCAGUGUGGAUUAAACGAUAAUUCUCUGCGCGGAUGUGCUCAGAAAGCGCAGUUUCCCCGCGUGCGGAAUGGUAUGCGCCGUUUCAUUCAUGAAAUCCAGGCGGACUAUAAAUAGGCGCUCGCGGAGCUGAGUGACACUGACCAGGUUUAUAAACCUGGAGAGAGCGACGCGACGCGUCUGGACUACAAACCUGGCAUCUAGUCAAGAGUGGUGUCCGUGCGCGCUGGAGAAAUGUUUCUGAACACAGCGAAGAAGACUGAUCCGGACUCAAUAUGCUCUUCUGCUGGGGACAAACACACCGAUGCCCCGAUGGACAGCAGCGCACAGGGCUCGUUCGUUCCGACGGUCACCGCGAUCUCCAGCACGCCGGACCUGCAGUGGAUGGUCCAGCCGACCAUCAUCACCUCUGUGUCUCCGUCUCCGGGUAGAGCCGAGAGCAGUGAACCGGCACAGAGCAAAGCAGCUGGGAGCAAGGGGAAAAGCUCUGCCAGGAAGAGCAAGGGCGAGCAGCUCUCUCCGGAGGAAGAGGAGAAGAAGAGGAUCAGGAGGGAGAGGAAUAAAAUGGCUGCAGCGAAGUGUCGCAACAGACGAAGAGAGCUCACCGACACCCUCCAGGCAGAAACAGACCAGCUAGAAGAAGACAAAGCCGCCCUCCAGGCCGAAAUCGAGAGCCUCCUGAAGGAAAAGGAGAGGCUGGAGUAUGUCCUCGCCUCUCAUAAACCUCUUUGCCAGCUUCCUGAAGAACUGGACUGCCUGUUUCCAGAGUCUCCCCAGCCGCUCUCCACUCCCGAAACGGCCAGUAAACUCCCCGAGGACGUUCCCCUGCAGGACUUGGACAUCCCCACGGUACCGUCCACAGCCAUUUCCGGUAACUCCGACAUCCUGCUGUGCUCCAGCGCAGAGGUCAGUCUGUGCGACCUCGAGCCCUCUCUGGAUAUCAAGGACGAGCUUCUGGACCGGAUCUCGGUGGACACGGCCCGCUCCGUCCCCGACAUCGACCUGACCGGCUCGCUGGGCAUCACAGACUGGGAGACCCUCUACAAGUCUGUGGCCAGUGAUCUAGAACCCUUGAGCACCCCGGUGGUGAGCACAUCCACACCCAGCUGCAGCAACUACCUGUCCGUGUUCACCUUCUCCUGCCCAGAGCUGGACUCCCUGGCCGAGGGACUGGACGGGUGCAAGGGGGGCGUGAGCAAAGCAGACACUAGCGUCGACAUCCUUAACUCUCCCACGCUUCUCGCCUUAUAAAUGCAAGAGUUGAUGAUGUAAUGUUAGGAUAUUGUUCUUAAUAUCUACUGGGGAUCGCAGUGUUAUGAUGUCCAGAUGUGUGAUGUUGGUGUGAAGCCAGAUGUUCAAUGGCUGUAUCCGUGUAAUUUGUGCAGGACGGGGAUUUACUUUCUUCCAGAGACAUUUGAUGUAGCCCAAAUACAAGAGCAUGGAUAAUUAUCUUAUGAGCAGAUAUGAACUGUGUUCUGGUUUGAAAAGCAUGCACGAGAUAUCUAUAUAUAUCACAUAUAUAGUAUAUAUAUGUAUCAGUUCCAUAUUUGUUUGAUCUGGUGCUAAGUUCUGUGGAAUCGACUGCGGUUUUGUGUUCGUUUACUAUGCCAAUAGACUAUCUACUCGUGUUGUGCUCUAAUAUACAGUCAUCAGAGUUAUCACAUACCUCAGUGUUUUCACAUUGUUCUCAAAUGUUUAGAGUUUUCCAUGAAAACAUCCAGUGCUAUAUCGAUGGAGAUGUAUUUUAUGAUAAUUUAUUUUUCUACAUUUUCAAAUUGACUUUGAAGAACAAAAGGAGCAUUGAUUGCUGAAUAAAUGGAUAUAGAGUCGUGCGCUGGUGUUCUUGUGUCCUUUGUUUUGGGAAUAAACUGUGGAUAGAAAGUAGAGCUUAAUAACUGGCAUGUGUCUUCACGCUGCUAAACCAGUCAUGGUCAGAUGCAGGCCAUUCAUGCAGUUUGACAUUAUUUACAGUACAAUCUUACAGAAAUAGACUUAGGAUAAUUUAGAUGAAUUGCAUCUAUCAUAG